GCUGAGUAGUGAGCGAGUUACCAGCUGCUCAGUACACUGGCGACAAGCGAAAGGGAAGGUCGGGUAGUGACGGACUCGGACCAAGUGAAAGUGCUUAGUGAACUGUGAUACAUUCCUACUCACGAACCGGAUGCCAGAAACAAUAUGUUGAUCCUACUAACCACCACGUGAAAUAGUUCUUCGAGUUACCAGUGGAACUUUGUACCUGUAAUACAGCUACACUCUUCCGCGGCUCAGACCGUCUCCACCAAGAUGGCCGCUCUGUCUCUUUCUUGCUUCUGUGUUUCCCUCUCCCUCAUCGCCAGCGUCUCAGCUGCUUCUAACACGAUACACCACCAUAUGAAACAAGAUGAUCUUAGAAGCGUUUUCCAUGUAGAUAACCACGCAGACGUGCCUGACUAUGAAGUGGUACGAGUGAGGAGGUCCGCCUCUGCAAGGCCUCAGGCCGACACACACAACCUGCAGCUGCGAGCCUUCGGCCAGGACCUGGACCUGUCGCUGCGGAGGACCGAGGGCCUCUUCAGACAGCCUCUCAGGUUCUGGGCGGCGGAGACCAACAGGUCUGGUCACGUGACUUAUGAUCCUCUACCUCACGAGGACAUUGGCCACCCGUACCAGGACGAGCUAAGACAAGCUGCGAUUUUACUACAUAGAGAUCCUGGAGACAAUUCUCUACUACUGGAGGGGACGAUAGGCGAGGACCUGGUGGUGAAGCCAGUGCCUGCUAGUGUGAGACAACACCUAGACUCCAGGCCGGACCCUGAGGCGAAGGAUGUGGACGACGAGGCGUUCCUGGACGAGGAAGCAGCCGAGGACGUGGCUGUGACAGACGGCUUCCCCCUCCACCUCGGCCCAAGACAUCACCACAUUGUCUACAGGCGGAGUGUACAGGACUCCAUGGAUAUGAGUGAUUAUGCAUUCAUGGAACCAGAUGAAGUACCACAAAAGCACAGAAGUAAAAGAUCUAUAAACAAAAGAGAAGCACCUUAUGUGAUCUACCCAGAAAUUUUAGUUAUUGUAGAUUAUGAUGGAUACAGGUUACACGGUGGAAACAAUGUUCAAAUCAAAAGAUAUUUUGUUUCAUUUUGGAAUGGAGUAGAUAUGAGAUAUAAAUUAUUAAAGGGUCCCAAAAUACGAAUAAGCAUCGCUGGAAUUAUAAUAUCAAGGGGGAGAGAUGCAACGCCAUAUUUAGAGCGCAACAGGGUCGGGCGAGACGCCAUUGACUCGGCAGCCGCACUCACGGACAUGGGCAAGUAUCUCUUCAGAGAGAGGCGGCUGCCGGUUUACGAUAUUGCAGUAGCAGUAACCAAAUUAGACAUGUGUCGACGCAAUUACCCGAAUGAGGUUUGCAACAGGGGGACUGCAGGUUUUGCCUAUGUUGGCGGAGCCUGCGUGGUAAACAAAAGACUGGAAAAAGUGAACAGUGUUGCCAUAAUAGAAGAUACCGGUGGUUUCUCAGGAAUUAUAGUUGCUGCACAUGAAGUCGGCCAUUUACUGGGGGCAGUACACGAUGGGUCGCCACCCCCAACCUACCUGGGUGGCCCGGGGGCGGAGAAGUGUCGCUGGGAGGACGGCUACAUCAUGAGCGACCUGAGACACACGGAGAAGGGCUUCAAAUGGUCACCGUGUAGUGUGGCUUCCUUCCACCACUUCCUCAAUGGAGACACGGCUACGUGCCUCUACAACUCGCCUCACGAGGACGAGUCAUUGCCUCGAGUGUUGCCCGGGAAGUUACUGACUCUGGACGCUCAGUGUCGCAAGGACCGAGGCACCAGCGCCUGCUUUAAAGACGACAGAGUUUGCGCACAGCUGUUCUGUUUCGACGCAGGCUCAGGGUACUGCGUAGCGUACAGACCUGCUGCGGAGGGUUCACCAUGCGGAGACGGCUCGGUGUGCAACAAUGGCAUGUGUAUGCCGGAACAUGAGAACAUCAUCCCGGACUACUCGCAGAACACACCAACGUACCUGAGACGGAACGACGUCAACACGGCAGCCACUCAGAGUCGUCCGGUCUACGCGCUGCUUAACUCCACAACCCAGAGGUCGGAGUGGGAUGAUUUUUGGAGAACUGCGAGUACGACAGAAUCGUAUUACAAUCCAGGCACAACCACUUACCACACAACGCCUUACAACUAUUACGACAACUACAAAGGUGUUACUCAGAACCCAAACAAUGACAUUGGUGUUAAACCAUAUACUAACUCUUUAAGUAAUUCCAAACUGAAAACGACAAAGAAUCCUUACAACUUUGCUGACUUUGGAAAAUCAAAGUACACCACACCUUCUUAUUUCAAAACGACUAAAGAUUAUCAAAAGACCACACCUUACUGGACUAAGUCUAACGACAAAUUUACACAGCCCCCAUACCAGCCAUAUACAAGUUCAAUACCCAGUGUGGAAGACACUGAGUGUGUGGACAAGGAUCCAAAAUUGAACGGAGGGAUGUCGUGUUACGAGUUUCUCCAACGCUACGGUUACCAAUACUGCGGCUCGCCAUCCUUCAUCAGCAACUGCUGCGCGGCGCAGAGGUACCUCUGUGAUAAGCGGCCAACCACCAGAUAGCCUUAAGUUUAUUUCUUGUUAAGUUGCGCUGUCAACUAUCUGUUUUUAAAUUUUCAACUUGAACUGAUAACUCAACAAUGUCCAGUAUAUCCUUUCACGAGGUAUCAAACUUUUCAUCUCUUGAAAAUGUAGAUAGUGUAACAUUUUAUGGGGGAUUAAAAUGUUACCUUUUAACUACUUUGGGCAGAAUCGACCAUUUUCAUUACUUUUUUGAAACUGUCAUUGGUGAGGUUAUUUUAAAUAUUUAUUUUUAUUUGGUUGCUUGUUUUUAUAAAACAAUGCAGUCGUGGUUGUUGUAGGCAAACAAAAUUGUAUUGUUGAGGGGAUGAUCACGCUUUGUUAAAAAUUGUAUAAAAUGAUUUUCAUUCCAUAGAUGAAUUAAUCUGUAUUUAUUUAUUUAGGUAAAUUGUAUUUGACAAUGACAUACAUAAACCAACCAACUAUGAUCAACAUUAACAAAGUUGUGUAAAGGUGCAGAAAUUAUCUUUAGUCAAGGGAAUGUGAACUGCCACUCUACACUGCCAAUAUUGUUUACAUUUUAUAUACGAAACUAUAAUUUUACUUAUUAACUUUUAUGACUAGUUAAAACGAACAACAUUCAUUUAAACAGUGUCAAGGUAUCUGUUACAGAUGUUAAAAAAUCAAUUCCAAAGCAAACAAAAUACAUUUCAGUGCCAUUGCAGUAUAAAACUUUUUUCAAUAUCUUUGAUUUUUAAUAAUAGCUCUUGGAAGUUUAGUAUGUUUCCAGUUUUAAUAUUUUAUUCAAACUUGUAAAAAAUAUCAUUGUACAGAGAAAUUGUAUAAAUUUACAACCUAAAUAAAAAUAAUCAUCACAUGCAUAUUUCUGUCAACAAAUUUAAAUAUGGAACUUUCAUUGGCAAGUACCUCACAAACUUUCUCAUCAAAUAUCUAAACUAGAAUAUAUAUGUGUGUAUAUUUUUUCAAAGUCUUUCUGCAACCCAAAUCUUAUUUUUCAAUGCCAAAUAGGUAUAUUUUGUAAUUUAAAUAAAAAUAUAUUAGAAAUGGUUCAGUAAAAUUAAUAAAAGUUUAGAAUAAUAUACAUGUAUAUUGAUUAUAGUAAAGUAGGAUUCGCCAGUAAAGAUUUUUUUUUUCAAACGUAUCUGGGCAAUGAUAUUAGAAACAAGUUUUUUUUCAACCUUAAAGUCUUAAAACCUUGAUAUUAAAUAAUCAAGCUCUUUAAUUGUCUUUUAAAACUGCAAUACUGAACUUUUCUUAACAUUGAAGUCCUUAUACAAUUCUGUACUUUGACAAGAAACCUUAUUUUUUCUUUUACAAAUUAUUGAUUGCACAAUUUACAUGUGAUCUCAUUAAAAUAACCAUCCUUUGUGUAACCUAAAUAUUUAAUUAAUUUUCUUCAUCAAAUAGCAGAUAGUUAUAUUGAGAACGCUUCAGUAAUAAGAAUGCCAUAUUGAAGGGAAGUGUUGGUUGAAUGUCUUGAAUGAUGAAAAUAUUUACUAACUUUAAACUUUUAAUGCCUGUAGUUUUAUUACAUUCUCAAUUCAUGAUGAAAUUAUAAUUUUGGAUCUUAUAUUAAAAUUAAUUAAAAUACUUGAAAGAUAUCACUUACUAUAAAUAUUACUGUAUUACACAGACUUAAACAAUUAGUUAUGGAAGUUUUAGUGUACAGAUACGUCACUCUUUAUCAAUCCCCGCUUAUAUUUGUAUACCAAAAAAACUAUCAUCACAUAAUUAUUGAUAUGGCUUUAUUGGUUUGAAGGUACAAAUGAUGUACACAACGAUCUAUGGAAAGAAUCAUAUAUCCUUUAAGUUCCUAAAAUUAAAAUCAUAAAAUACUAACAAUUUAUCCAAUAUAAAAAUUCCUGUUAAGUUUAAGAUCUUUUGAUUAAAAUAAUGUAGGCCUACAUCUAUUAAAUGCUAGGAAAAUUGUGAAAAAUAUUUCGAUGUAAAUGUGAUUUUGUACAAAAUGUAUGUGAAAUUCUCACUGUUUUAGUGAAAACAUUAACAUCACAAUGAAGAAUCAUUGAAGUAUUUUACAAAAAUAACAAUAUUUCAAACAUAUUCAUCACUUUUAAGGCUUCGAUUUAAUUUUAUUAAUCAGUAUUUAUAUUUCUUCUUUAUAUUGUUGUAUCACUUAUUCUGAGAUAAUUUAUUUCAAAGACAUAAAAUCAGACAACAGUCCUUGUUUUAGUUUUUGAGCUUUGUCUGAAACAUAUUAUUUUUGAGCAGCUGGAUGUGAAUUCUCUAGAAUCCUACUAACUCACCAGAAAAUAUGUAGGAUACCUGAUGUAAAAUAUUGUAUUUAAGCUAUUUUAGAUUUUUGUUAAGAAUAUUACCAAUUUAAUUUAGUCGCUGUAUGUGUUUGAUGAGGAAUCUAUUGUUUUGCCGAAGGUGUAAAUAUCUAAGAAUGAGAAAUCAAGACAUGUUGUGAUAUAAAAAGUAAGAUGCGGAUUAAAUGAGAUGUUUGAAUGAA